CAGGUACCUAUAUAUCUAUAUAUAUUCUCGCAACAUGUCAGGCACAUAAUCGUACUUCAGUUUGCAAAGAAAGGUUAUUUUUUAACAAUUGUGUGUGUGUGUUACAAAUGUAAUCAUAGCUUAGCCUCUUUGUGCCUAACUACCACGUGCUUCCUGUUGCAUACACCUUCAAAAAUAGCAAUCAAUUCAUUAAAUGUUGUCAUCGUAGGAUAAAUAACCUCAAAAGAAGAAUCGUCGUAACAGCGGAGAAACGAAAGUUCGUCGUUAAUUAACAGAAUGGCAGAUGUACGUGAUAUAUUAGAUAUCGAGGUACCCACUACCAGUGAACUUACAAAAGAAUCGAUUAUAGGCACCGACAAAAAGAAUCGGAAAAAAUAUGAAUACAAAGUACCGAAAAGGCCGGAGGGCAUGCAUCGCGAAGUGUUUGCAUUGUUGUGUAAGGACAACAACGACGUACCACCACUGUUUCCGACGGAUACAGCGAAAGGAUAUAAACAAGUUCGAGCCAAGCUUGGUAUGAAAAAAGUUAGGCCAUGGAAAUGGACGCUGUUCACUAAUCCCGCGAGAACGGAUGGCGCAGUUUUCCAUCAUUGGAGACGAGUCGCGGAUGCAGGGAAAGAAUAUCCCUUUGCUAAAUUCAAUAAAAAGGUUCCUAUUCCGACGUAUACCAAUGCAGAAUAUGUUCAACAUUUGGUUACAAAUGGUUGGACUAGAGCAGAGACCGAUCACCUGUUCGAUUUGUGUAGAAGGUUCGAUCUUAGGUUUAUUAUAAUCAAAGAUAGGUGGGAUCGAACAAAGUUUCCUGCAAGAACUGUAGAGGAUUUAAAAGAAAGGUAUUAUCAAGUGUGUGCUGCUUUAACCAAGGCAAAGUCUCACACUGAUAAGGUUUAUAUAUUUGAUGCAGAACACGAAAAACGUAGGAAAGAACAAUUAAAGAAGUUGUUCGAGAGAACGCCCGAACAAGUGGAAGAAGAACAAAUGCUACUGGCCGAAUUAAGAAAAAUUGAACAAAGAAAGAAGGAGAGGGAUAGGAAAACGCAAGACUUACAAAAAUUAAUAACGGCAGCCGAUCAUCAAGCCGAUCCGAGAAAGAAUGAAAGAAAACCAACGAAAAAAAGCGGCGCUUCCGCUAGAAAUAGACCAAAUAAGACUGAUACUUCUCAUACCGUGGAAUCAGCUGGAAUCAAGUUUCCAGAUUUUAAAAAUAGCGGCGUGUCGCUUCGUUCUCAGAGAAUAAAGUUGCCAAGUAGUUUAGGCCAGAAGAAAAUGAAGGGUAUCGAACAAAUGCUCAACGAACUGCGACUAGAAUUAAACCCGCCACCUACGGAGCAAAUAUGUCAACAAUUCAACGAAUUAAGAAGCGACAUCGUGCUACAUUACGAACUUAGAAGCGCAUUAUCAACGUGCGAUUACGAAUUACAAUCGUUAAGGCAUCAAUACGAAGCUUUAGCUCCCGGAAAGACGUUAACGAUACCUCCCGCAUUACUACCAAAAACGGAGCCCGAGGUUAAGGCGGACAUAAUAGACGUGGUGGGCUCGCCUAGCAUGCCAACAGUCACUCACUGACGUUUAAAAUCAGUUUUGGAAUAAGUUAGUUCCAGUACCGAAUGUAAAUAAUUACCAAAGCGUUGAAACGCGGUACGAAGAAAACAUCGAGUACGCGCUUGUUUAACUCUUCACUUCCUGUAUCAUUUUUUUUUUUUUACAUUGUAUUGGAUUAAACGUAAUUUACAUGAAACCGUCGCACUUACCCGUCGUUUCCAGAGAUCCUUUUUCCCGUGCCAUCUUCUCGUGGAACGUACGCGCGAAGGGAAAUAACGCGGACGCGAUACAAUUUACUUAUAUAUCUGUGUAUUUUAUAUUGUCGACAAAAAGUAACAAUGUACGGUCAAAACCGUAUAAUUUAUCUACAACAAUCUACAAUAGAUUACAAUAUGUUGUCUUGUUUUUGUUGAGGGUCACGGGGAGGCAGGGUCGUUAGAAUAACGGGGGCGGGGAAAAAAGGGUUCUCGGAGGGGUUAGGGGGAUUAUCGGGUUUUAAAAGUGUGGAGGAAAGAUGGUCGAUGCAGGCCUUUCUUCGUUCGUGCUCCGUUAAUCGCGAUACAGUUGACUGUUUUAAUUCUAUAUUAAAUUACUCGGUUAGCCCCUAGCCGUACUUGGUACGGAAUAAUGCGUAUAUAUGUAUAUCUGCUUCUUAAUGAUCGAUAACCCACCGCCCGACUUUUCCCAUCUACGCCGUGCCGUGAGGACUCUCUCGGUCAAAGUUAAGUGUAAGAAAAAAAAAAAAAAAAAAGAAAACUGGGCACAACGCUGGCAUCGUUGACCCGCAUAUCCGAUGCAUUGUUCGCAGAUCGUGCAUCCUCUUGUCUCUCUCUCCGCAUGUGCUGACGCUUCGAUCGCGGUUGUCCCCGGUGCGACGCGGGGACAACCUUUAUCUUUAAGACAUUUUCCCACCAAUUCCUUCUAAUGUUCGAUUCGUGGAAAGACGCGCGGGAGACGUUUCGUUUAAUUAUUUCGAGAUACCCUAAAGGCAAUGGUUCUUAAUCGUUUAAACUACAGUUUGGAACAGAGCGAUGACAAUUAUUUCUCGGGCGCUCCAGUUUGCAAUCGCUUUUCGUUCGAUUAAUUUUAUCUCCGUUUGUUUUGGACUGUAGACUUUCGUGACUGUAUUUCACAUCAGAUCAACGAACGCUCGUAGCCUGGAAGCAGGUCACUUUUUCACGCAGAUGUUAACAGAUUUCAAUGAGAAUUAUUCCAGAACGACGUAGACCGCGGUAAAAGGAUUACGUAAAUUAGUCCGUGCAUGAGAACUAAAACGAAACUAAAAUUGACUGUUCACUUUCGGGGUGAGACUCAAUAACUGGAAACGAUUUAGAAUGACGCUCGAAUCGAAUACAUUCCGAAACCAUUUUUGAGGAAUUUCGAAUUCCUCGUGGAGCACCACGGGAGAUGUAACGUAAUCACGGGGAGCUAGAAUAAGGGAAACUGGAAACGAUCGAGAAUGACGCUUGAAUCGAAUACACCCCGAAACCAUUUUUGAGAAAUUUCGAAUUCCUCGUGGAGCACCACGGGAGAUGUAACGUAAUCACGGGGGCUGGAAUAAGGGAAAGCAAUUUCAAGAACUUCAAAAGUGACUUUAAAGGGACUUUCGAAUGACGCGAGACCCCUUUGCGUCUCUACUCCUCUGGGACGCAUAUUUUCAGAGGUUCGCACGUAGGACGUACAGGGAAUACCAAAAUCAAUUUUGUAUCCGCCGUGUGGGAUUACGGGAAGGUUCUAUAUCGCUGUAUUUCGUGAUACAAAAACGAUUGGGAAUCAAGAGCACCGCGUUUCUUAACGACGACGACAGGGGUGAGGGUAUGUCGCACUAGUAAACGGUGGGAGAGGGAUGAUAAACGAUCAAGCGCAUCAGCACAUCGCCAGUGAUGUUACUAACCGUGUAUCGUUCGUAUAUUUAGCGAUGGUCGUUUCUCAUCGACCGAUUCUCGUUGAUCUAGCGACGAGGGGAGCUCGAUCGCUGGCCCUGGCACAGCAAACGGGUCGCGGCAGAGAUGGGCAAAAUUCUCAUCUAGAGAAAAGUAGUUUCGCUAACGAAUAAAAGAUAAUCGAUCUUUUAUUUGUUACAGGUUAAAUAAAACUUGGAAUUCGAAUUCCUGGAACGAAGUAACGUUUCGACAUCGAACGAAUAAAAACCGGCCUGUACGACUGUUCAAUAGAAUAAGUCAUUAUACUCGCGUCUUUAUUCGUCGAUUGCUAUUCGAAUGAAAUUCUGUCCAUCUCUGGGUGGCGGGUGGAAAGAGAGAAAAAAAAUAAUCGAGCCACGAAUAAUAAAGGAACGCCGCGGCUGGCAAACGCACGCGUGCACGUGUCUAUAUGUAUACAUAUAUACACUAUGCAUGCAUACAUAUAUACACAUAUCUUUAGUAACAGUAGUAAUGAUAAUGAUAAGAAUAAUUAACACGAAUAACUUGUAAUGUACAGAGUGAGCGCGUAGCUGGUGGAAACGACGCGACGAAAACUAAAUUGCUCGCAACAUUCCUAAAUUUACGUUAACAAUCUUAAAAUUUCAAACUCUCGUUCGUAACUAAUGAACGCAACAAUUGCUUUAACGUCGAUGAAAUGAAUCUCGCGCGUACAGCGAGACCUCGAGUCGCAACAUGCGUCCUAUAUAUCGAAUACAUUCUAAAUUAGUACAAGUAUUAAAACAAGGCCGAAAACGAUGUAACGUGGGUCUCGCGAUAUAUGAAAACAUCCACCGAUCUGAAAGUCCUCGAAAGAAUACGAUCUAUACAAAGCGGCUUACGCAGGAAAAGCUCUAAAACGAAUUAACCGCUCGAGUCGAGGGCUCGCUGUACCCGAUAAAAAUUCUACCCCUGGUUCGCCAAUUCGUUUCGCGUUUUCAUCGUGUCCGUUCCACCGAUUACGCGCGUUCGUCAACGAAAUUUCCGCUUCGUCUUUCCUCUCGCGUCCCGCCUUUCGCUCUUUCAAUGUUUCCCUUUCUUUCGUUUCUAUUUUUUUUUUUUUUUCUGUUUUUUCUUCCUUCGUUUUCAUCGUCUUUCACACAAACGACGAAUAUCGAUUCGACAACGUUCGAGCGAUCCUGCAACUGACCAGAGAAGAGA